AUGAUUGAGAAAAUUGCCUCGGAAUUACUUGCAGGAAUACGCAUUGUUUCACUGCGUGCUCGAAAUUCUUCAGAAGAGAUUGGGCCGGAAGUCUCUGAUUCAUGCAAAAAUGGGUUGGACAGAAAUCAAACAAUUACUUAUGAUUUUGUUGGCCAGAAUUAUGCAUCGGUGAUAGUGGAAGACUGGAUUGGCGCAUUUGUUUGGCCCACUUGCAAAGGAUACGGCGAUCCUCCAACUGAUCAUUACGGAGGACCAUUGAUACUGCGCUCUACUGGACAACUUUCGCGCGAAGAGAAGAACGAUUUUAAGAAGUAUUUUUACGAUGGCCAGUGUGAAGAGCCCUACCACAAACUUUUAGAUUUUGUGCAUAAAUUUUUGAAAAGCUAUAGCGGCCUUGCAAAAUUCGUGGUAGUUUGGAUAUCAAAGGCACCGCAUGAAAGCGCGAGUGGACUUUUCCACGUUGACAAGGUAAAGUUUUAG